AUGAAGAGCAUCAAUCACUCCAGUUUAUGGAGGGGCAUUCGUAAAGCAUUCCCACUGAUGCAACAAGCCACAGUGUGGAGCAUUAGAGACAGCAGAACAACCGAUUUCUGGAAUCAUCAUUGGAUCGAUCAUGAAACUGUCCUGGGAGAACACUGCCUUAGAGCGUUAACAAAGGAGGAGCAAUCAAUGACUGUGGCUGAAAUGGUUGAUGACAAAGGUGAGUGGGACUGGAGACACCUGAAAUCUCUCCUUCCUAAUGAUAUCCUUUGUUGUAUUGAAGGAAUGGAGACACCAGCUCGGGAUUUGGGAGAGGACACGACGAUUUGGGGACUGGAAAGGGAUGGCAGGUUCAGGUUCAAGUCAGCCUACCUCCUUGCUUCCAAUGAGACUGGGAACGAUCCUGAACUGGGAUGGAAAGAGCUCUGGAAAUGGAAGGGACCAAGCAGAGUGAAACAUUUUCUCUGGCUCGUUCUGCACAACAGGCUUCUCACCAACUAUGAACGAGCAACCAGAAACAUGACAUCAGACACAAACUGCAAAGCUUGUGAUGGUGAGAUCGAAACUACUGAACAUAUUCUCAGACAUUGCAGGAAGACAGAAGGAGUAAGGCGAUUCCUGAAGAUUGACCAUCAGCCACACGAUUUGAGGAACUUCAAUCAAUGGAUGAUGGACAAUAUUAGAGAAGAGAAUGGGGGGGUUCAGAUUUGGCAUUGCUUGCUGGCUGAUCUGGAAGCAGAGAAACGAAGAGGUGAUGGAUGGAAAAAGAUACUUUGA